UUCACCAGCUUCGCGCCGUAUGCCAUCCACUGGGAUGGCCGCAUGUACCCUACCGCAGAACAUCUGUUCCAGGCACACAAGUUUAUGCCAAACCUGCCGGACCUGGCAGAGCGCAUCCGCCUGCUCCCCAGGUCCCGCGACGCUGUUCAGGAAGCAGGAAGCCUGCGCGGGCUGCAGCGCGCAGACUGGUUCGAUGUCAACAUCCGGGUGAUGGACGACGUUCUCGGGGCGAAGUUCGCGCAGCACCUGUCGCUGCGAGACAUGCUCCUCAAAACCGGCAGCGAGCUCGUCGAGGACAGCCCGGUACGUACGCAAGAGCCUCGCUCACGUAUCACUGCGUCGUUGAUCUGGGGAUGUGGUCAGGAUGGCCUAGGAAGAAACGAGCUAGGGCAGGCGCUGAUGCGGCUGCGCGCUAGGCUAAGA